GACUGGUUCUGAUUUCUCUCUCAGACUGACCUAAGUCCAGAAGAUGGAAGACUGUGAUCUAAAGGAGGACAGAGCAGAACCUUCAGGAUCCAGCUGUCCUUCUAUGAGAAGUGACCGGUCCAAAGUAGAACCUUUAAACUUCAGUAAUCAACCUGGACCCUUGGACACAGAAUGGAGGAAGAUGAGAAGUGUUUGUGUGGAGGAGCAGCUGUCCUGCUGUGCUAUGUGUCAGAAUGUCCUGACAGAUCCAGUCUCUACCAGCUGUGGACACAGGUUCUGCAGACCAUGCAUGUCAUACUGGGUCCAGUCUGCUUCAUCAGGACGCUCCACCUGUCCUCAGUGUGGAGAAGGACCCGGAACAGAGGCUGGACUACUGACAGCCAAUCAGAGAAACUGUGCACCAGAUGCUGGUUUACAGAAGAUUUUAGAGGAACAUAAGAUCAGUCUGAGGAGGAGAUGUGAAUGUGUGACUGAAGGUAGUGAUGAACCAAAGAAUAGAACCCUCCUCAACAUGAUCUAUACUGAUCUCUACAUCACAGAGGGACAGAGUGAAGAGGUUAAUACCCAACAUGAGUUGAACAAGCUGGAGAGAGUUUCCAAGAUCCAGAACCUUUGUGACUCUCCAAUCAGGUGUCACGACAUCUUUAAAGCCUUACCUGACCAACAUGGACCCAUCAGAGUGGUUCUGACCAAUGGCGUUGCUGGUGUUGGAAAAACCUUCUCAGUGCAGAAGUUCACUCUGGACUGGGCAGAGGGCUUGGAGAACCAAGAUGUCAGUGUGGUGGUUCUGCUUUCAUUCAGGGAGCUGAACUUGAUCAGAGGUGAGCAGCACAGUCUUCUCACACUGCUCCAUGUUUUCCAUCCAACACUUCAGAAGCUCCCAGCAGAGAAGCUGGCUGUCUGUAAACUUCUCUUCAUCUUUGAUGGCCUGGAUGAAAGCAGGCUUUCUCUGGAUUUUGAUGACAGUCAGCUUGUUUCUGACGUCACACAGAAGUCAUCGGUCAACGUUCUGCUAACAAACCUCAUCAAAGGAAACCUGCUUCCCUCGGCUCUCGUCUGGAUAACUUCCCGACCUGCAGUGGCCAAUCAGAUCCCUCCUUCAUUUGUUACCAGGGUAACAGAAGUACGAGGCUUCACCGACACCCAGAAGGAAGAGUACUUUAGGAGGAGGUUCAGUGAUGAAGAGCUGUCUAGCAGAAUCAUCUCCCACAUCAAGACCUCCAGAAGCCUCCACAUCAUGUGUGCAAUUCCAGUCUUCUGCUGGAUCACUGCUAGAGUUCUGGAGAACAUGCUGACCACAAAGCAGAGAGGAGAGCUGCCAAAGACCAUGACUGACAUGUACUCACACUUCCUGCUGGUCCAGACGAAGAGGAAGAAGAAGUACCAAGAAGGACAUUUGAGUAGUCCACAUGAGCUGUUGGAGGCUGACAGGGAAGUUCUUCUGAAGCUGGGGAGGCUAGCGUUUGAACAUCUGGAGAAAGGAAACAUCAUGUUCUACCAAGAAGACCUGGAGCAGUGUGGUCUGGAUGUCACAGAGGCCUUGGUGUACUCAGGAGUUUGUACAGAGAUCUUCAAAAGAGAGAGUGUGAUCUUCCAGAAAUCAGUCUACUGCUUUGUUCAUCUGACCAUUCAGGAGUUUCUGGCUGCAGUCUACAUCCUACACUGUUUCACCAGCAGGAACACAAAGGUAAUGGAGAAGUUCCUGGGACUAAAAUACAGUGAAGAAUCUCUGGAUGACUUCAUGAAGACAAUAAUGGAGAAAUCCCUCAGAAGUAAAAAGGGUCACCUGGACCUGUUUGUACGCUUUCUUCAUGGCAUCAUUGUGGAGUCCAACCAGAGACUCUUAGGAGACCUGCUGGGUCAGACAGAGAACAGUCCAGAAACCAUCCAGAGAGUCAUCAACAAUCUGAAAAAGAUAAACACUGAUAAAAUCUCUGCUGACAAAAGCAUCAACAUUUUUCAAUGUCUGGUGGAGAUGAAGGACCUCUCAGUUUUUCAAGAGAUCCAACAGUUCCUGAAAUCAGAGAACAGAUCAGACAUGGAGCUCUCUAUAUUCCAGUGCUCAGCUCUGGCCUACAUGCUGCAGAUGUCAGAGGAGGUUCUGGAUGAGUUGGACCUGGAGACAUACAACACAUCAGAAGCAGGGCGACGGAGACUUAUUCCAGCUGUGAGCAACUGCAGAAAGGCUCGGUUUUUUGGAUGUGAAGUGUCACAGGCUGAAUGGGAGGUUGUAGCAUCAGCUCUGAAGUCCAACCCCUCUAUUCUGACUGAAUUGGAAAUAGGUGUGAUCCAUGGAACGGGUACCUUUGGAGACUCUGGAAUGAAGCAUCUGUGUGAGAUACUGGAAAGUUCAGUCUGUAAACUGAAGACUCUCAGAUUGGAGGGCUGCAAGUUGUCAGAGAUCAGCUAUGCUUCUUUGGGCUUUGCUCUGAAGUCCAACCCUUCCCAUUUGACAGAAUUGGACCUAAGUGAGAAUGAAAACUUGAAUGAUGCUGGAGUAAAGGAGCUCUGUGGUUUCCUACAUACUCCCCUCUGCAAACUACAGAUAAUGAGAUUGAGGUACUGCAGUUUGUCGGAGGUCAGCUGUGCCUCUCUGGUCUCGGCUCUAAAAUCCAACCCCUCCCAUCUAACAGAACUGGACUUGAGAAGGAACAACCUAAAGGAUGCUGGAGUGAAGGAGCUCUGUGUUUUUCUCCAGACUCCCCUCUGUAAACUACAGAUAUUGAGAUUGAGAAACUGCAGGUUGUCAGAGAUCAGCUGUGUUUCCCUGGUGUCAGCUCUGAAGUCCAACCCCUCCUAUCUGACAGAACUGGACCUGAGCUGGAAUGAAGACCUGACAGAUGCUGGCGUGAAGGAGCUCUGUGGUUUCCUAGAGACUUCCCUCUGCAAAUUACAAAUACUGAAAUUGGAUCGCUGCAGAUUGUCAAAAAUCAGCUGUGCUUUUCUGGUGUCGGCUCUGAAGUCCAACCCCUCCCAUCUGACAGAACUGAACCUCAGGUUCAACAUCCUGAAGGAGUCAGAUGUUCAGCAGCUGGAGGAUCUUGUAAAGAGUCCAGACUACAAACUGAAUUCUGUAGGGUGGUUGCCAAGAUACUGGUAGACGAGAGAGGCUGAGCUGUGUCCUGAUGAUCCACAGAGGUUGAAGCUGCAGCAGUUUGAGUUUAAAGAGACUCUGACUGGGAGAUUUGACCAAUUCAUUCACUUUGGAAAGGGAAACGAGACAGGGGUGUUGUGCAUCGCCGCUUCUCUUUGCCUUGUUUAUUGAGCCCAUGAGUCAACUGAUCAGGCAGAGGUAGGGGGUUAAAAUCACAUCUGGGGAACAAAAACUAUCUUUGUUCGCUGACGAUUUAUUGAUAAGUAUAACACAGCCCACACAGACAAUCCCAAAAGUUAUGAAGUUGCUCAAAGAGUUUUGUUUAAUCUCUGGUUACAACAUUAAUAUAAAUAAAACUCAAGUAUUAACAUUUAACUAUUAUCCACUGACUUCAAUUAAAACUAUGUACAAGUGGAAUUGGGAGGCUGAGACUAUCAAAUAUUUGGAUGUUUCACUACCGAGGGACUUCUCAAAACUGUUUGAUAUAAAUUAUGGCCCACUAAAUUUUUAAAUAAAAUUAAAUUUACAUAGAUGGAAUAUUAUUCCC